AUGGCAUCAAAGCCUCUAGUAGUGCUAACAAAUUGUGAUUUGUUUUACAAACGUCUAUCACAAAUGUAAGUUUGUGAGUUUUGCGUGAUUUUUGGCCGAUUUUCGAUAUUGUUUUAGAUUUUUAACUGAAAAUGUGGUUUUUUGGAAAUUAUUUUUAGGAAUAUUAAGGUUACUUAUACAUAAAUUAUAAAGCAAGCUCUAAAAAUUAGUCAUAGUCAAAUUAGUUAAUGUUGUAGAGCUGAUGUAGCCGUGUACCACGAUACGAAACAAGCUCCACGCGAUUGGGUUUUGAAAAAUCUGCACGAUGCUGUCGCAGUCUAUGGAAAAGGUCCCUUGAAGAUUGAUAGUGAGCUUCUGGAUCAUGGUAAGUGUUUUUCAUUGGUUUGGACUUGAAUAUUGUUGUAUUAUACUGCAUUUUCUUAUAUGGCGCGUUGUUUUAGGACCAAAUCUAAAAUACGUUGUGACCAUUUCCGUUGGCUACGAGAAUAUUGACGUUGAGGAGUGUAAAAAAAGGUAAUUUUUUAGUUUUUGUAAAAUACGGGCUCUCAAUGCGUCUUGCCAUAUUCGUAGUUUACUUAAAGUUAUGUACAGGAUCAUUUAAAACUUUCAGAAACAUUCGUGUAGGCUAUGCUGGAGGUCUUCUGGCUGAAGUGACAUCAGAAACUGCCUUGACCUUGUUGUUGACAACUUCUCGCCGCAUUCCGGAAGCUUUGGAAGCUGCAAAAUCAGGGAAUUGGUCUAAAGAAUGGUCUCCAUUUUGGAUGUGUGGCAAAGCGCUGACCAAAUCGACCGUUGGCAUAUUGGGACUUGGUCGAAUUGGGGAUGCUGUAGCUAAAAAGACCGAGAGUUUUAGUCCGUCUAGGAUUAUCUAUCACAAUAGGAACAAACGGAGCGAUGGUACUUUUUACCAAUGUUUGAUUUUAGGGUUGUAAAUUGAAAAAAUGGAGUUGUUUUUGAUUUUGUCAUAUUAGGUUAUUCAAAUAAUUAUGUGCCUUUAACCAUGGAAAUUUUCCUUAAGAGGGCGCACAGAAGUAUUUGAACAACCUAAUAUGAAAAGUUUUAUUUUUUCUAAAAUGUAAUAGCCAAAACAGGUUGAAUGUAAAGGUUUUACAAUUUGAAGGUAAAGAUUUUAUGACUUUCAGUAAAAUACGAUUACGUGAGCUUUGAAGAGCUAUUAAAACAAAGCGAUUUCCUUAUCAUAUCGUUGUCUACUGGGCCUGAAACUAAUGGCCUUAUUGACGAAAAGGCUUUUAAGCUUAUGAAAAAUGACUCGAUUAUUGUCAAUGUGGCACGGUAAAGUAUUUAUCAUUUUUUUUAUCAUUUAACAUUAAUUUUUAUUGAUCUUUGUUUUUGAAAUUUGACUUUUGAAGCCGUCUUAAAAUAAACGACAUUUACCAGACAUUACCUAUUGUUUAUUAGAUGAUUUCUUACGGAUGUCGUUUUGAAAUGUAAAAUACGAGAAAGUAAUCAUUUAAUUUUGUAAAAAAUUUCAGAGGUAAAGUGAUAAAGACUGACGAUCUAUAUCAAGCUUUGAAAGAUGGUCAAAUUGGAGCAGCUGGUUUAGAUGUAACAGAUCCAGAACCACUGCCACCAGAGCAUCCUUUGUACACACUUAAAAAUUGUGGUGAGAUCCUUUAUUUUUUAUUGGUCUUUUUCGUUUUGGGACUUAAGCUUGGCAUCUCGUGCUCUUAUGUAAACCCAGCUCUCGGGCGUUUUUGAAUUUACCAUGGUAUACUUUAUGAAUUGAAGUUACCAUAGUAUUUUUUGCACAUUUAAGCGACAGUUUUCUGCGAAAAUUUAUAAAAUAUAAUUUUAAUGUUACAGUAAUCUUUCCUCACAUUGGAAGCGCAAAUUACCUUACCAGGAACGCUAUGUUGCGUUUGGGCGAACAAAACGUGAUUGAUGCUCUGGAUGGGCGAGAAAUGUCAUCUCCAUUGAUUUAA